ACAUAACAGUAGUAGUAAUGGAGUAGGUUACAUGAAACCAAUUCAUUUGUUUUAAUUAAAAUAAAAUUUAAAAAGCUGUACGGCAAUGUAGCACUGUCAUUCAUUGGUUUAAAAAAAAUAAAACUAUCCCUUGAUUUUAAAAUGGCGGAUGUCUCAAGUGAGGACCGAAAAGUAAAGUUAACGAAAAAUGGCAAAGUUGUGAAAAGACGUACACGAAACCCAGAAGAAUGGCACAAACAAAAACAAAAGCGGCUCCGAAUAGCUGGACUAGAAUAUAUAAACGCAAAUGGAAAAAUUGUUCCUCCAAAACAUCCAGGGCCGGACUGCAACUGCCGCCGAAACUGUUUUCAAAAAGUACCUGAAGAUGUGCGAAUGAAAACAUUCCAAGGUUUCUAUUCUAUGAAAACACAUGACGAACAGAAUGCCUAUCUGUUCGGUCUCAUGAGGCAAGUAGACGUAAAGAGAAAAAGAGUUAAAUCUAGCAGCCGCCGAACUUGCACCUUUGAGUACUUUAUAAGAGUCAAAGGAAGAGAGACCCAAGUGUGUCAGACUGCCUUCAAAAAUAUUCAUGCUAUAACAGAGCGAAAAGUGAGAGUAUUGUGCAAAAAAAUGGAUGAUGGAGUCAUGUUUCCAAGUGAUAACAGAGGUAAAAACAGUCACAGGAGAUCUGGAGAGGUACGACUUCCAAAUGGUGUUAUAGACCAAAUCAAAAACCAUAUCUACUCCAUUGUUCACACACAUAGACUGAAAGACUUUAUUCGUUUGGACAAAAUUGCUGGUCUAGAAAUAAAUAUUUCAAAAAUGUGGAAGGACUAUAUAAAAACGUAUGACCCGGACAACAUAACAGCCACAAUGCCAAAAUCUAAACGCUGUACAGAUAUAGCACUACAAACUGAACCACAACCUCAGUUACAAAAUCCACCCCUACAGGAGACCUUUGCUCCUAUUGCAUACCCUGGCAGUGGACAUCUAGUGAACAUAGCAGAGAACUAUUUUGAAAACCAAUAUCAAACAGCGCUAGCAACUACAACUAAUUCUACAAAUUUUUAUCCCACACAAAAUGGAGCUCAGGGUAUGGGCAUUAUACUACAGUCAACUGUGACUAGAACAACCCAACCAACAGCCUUCAUAUUGCUGCAGACCAAGGCAGAACCCCAUCACACUGAUUCCCUGGCUAUUGCGUCUGCUCCAUAUAAUCACAGUCCUGAAUUGGAAGAGGAUGAGAAAGAUCCUAAGAAAAUGAAGAAAGAAAGAAAAAAAGGCCCACUUGUCAAACAAUGGAGGUAUACUAAUAUAUUUCAUGAUGAGAUCAAUGGUGCUGCUUUAGCUGCAAUCAAAACAAGACUUGGCAUGUACUAUGCAGAAAGUGACGCUGCAAGGAAAAAGGCCAAGCAGGCUCGGCCGCAAGAAUCUGUAGAAAACUUGCCCAAUGAACCACAAAUACGAACAGAACUGGCACCAAUUAGACCUCCACAUCAACCUAUAAGACCUACACAUACUGUAACUAUUUAUACAUAAUAUUCCAUAUAUCAUGUAAGUUUCAUUUAUGGACUGAUUUGUUAACUAAUUCCUCGAAUCAAAUGAGAAGUAAGAUUAGAUGAACAUUUUAUGUAAUCAUUAUUUUAUAUGAUAGUAUAGUACCUAUUUGCUUAUUUUGAAGCUAAUAAGAAGUAUUAUUUUACCCAUGCUUCAAAUCAAAAAAGAUGUAUGCAAGAUCUGUGGAAAUACUGUUGAAGUGAUAUGCCAUUUGUAGCAUUUAAUGUGAUUUUUCAUAUUCAGUUAAUUUUAUUUAGUCAUUAUUCUUUAAGCUUUCAUAGAAAAAUCAUUAUUAGGAAAGAUACAAUAUCAAAUAAUUACAACAAAUUGUGGCAGUUUUUUUCUU